UCAGCUCCCAAGAAAAGGACCACCCCUCACAAAAGUAAUCCCGGUUUUCCCAAGUGGCUUUGUGCCUCUUUGCUGAUACUUUUCCUGCUAUUGGCAAUCUCAUUCUUUAUUGCUUUUAUCAUUUUCUUUCAAAAAUAUUCUCAGCUUCAUGAAGAAAAAAAUACUACAAAAGAGCCGAUUCAUACAACAUUGGAGUGUGAGAAAAAAAAUUUGACCAUGGCAGAGAAAGUCUGGAGCUGCUGCCCCAAGAACUGGAAGUCAUUUAAUUCCAAAUGCUACUUUAUUGCUACUGAAUCAAAAUCUUGGCAUGAGAGUGAGAAGAAGUGCUCUAGAAUGGAGGCUCACUUGCUGGUGAUCGACACCAAGGACGAGCAGGAUUUCAUCAUCCAGAAUCUGGAUAAACGUUCUGCUUAUUUUGUGGGACUGUCAGAUCCAGAGGGUCAGAGAGAUUGGCAAUGGGUCGAUCAGACGCCUUUCAACAAAAGCGCCACAUUCUGGCGUCAGGGUGAGCCCAGUGAUCGCAAUGAGCGUUGUGUUGUAUUAAACGCUUACUAUUCAUCAUGGGGCUGGAAUGACAUUCGUUGUGAUACACCUCAAAGGUCAGUUUGUGAGAUGACGAAGAUCUACUUAUGAACUGACCAUUCUCCAUGGACCUGUGGUUGGAUUGGCAUCCAUCAUUACAGAGAUAAUAAGCUCUUUAUUUAUGUGUAAAGGAGUUCCACAGAAUUUUAGGCAGCCAGGCAGCUAUUUCACUUAUGACUGAAUUGGUCCAUACAUUCAUUCAUUCAUUCAUAAAAUGAGCAUUUAUUGGGCAUUUUCAUGUGCCAGAGACUAUACUGGAGACCCCUUUUGUGUACACAUGGAGGGAACAUGAGCCUCUCUCCUAACUUCUGUCUGACCCCUUAAGGAUUAUUUACUGAUAUAAUUAUAUGAC